GCGCCACAUUCGAAUUCGCCAUGCGUGUGCUGUGGCUUCUUGGCGUUGCUGGGACGCUCCUGCAAACCGCGUGGGCCAAGCCGACGAUUUCUCCAGGCAUCACGGGCGGCAACGAGGCGCCCGUGGGCAAGUUCCUCUCCACGGUCGGGCUCCGCGCCGACGAGACUGGCACGAACCUCUGCGGCGGCAUUCUGAUUGCGCCCAAGUACGUCUUGACGGCCGCGCACUGCUGCAACGGCGCCAUCAAGGUGGCGUCGAUCGGGUCGCACUUUCUCAACGGCGCCCAGGACGGUGAACGCAUCGCUGUCGUGCGCGAGACGCGGCACCCCAAGUUCAACCCGGGCACCAACAGCUUUGACUUUGGCCUCCUCGAGCUCGCCAAAGAGAGCUCGAUCGCGCCGCUGCCCGUGGCGUGGGACGCCGACGCCGACGCGUUCACCAACAUGACGGUGAUUGCGCGCGGAUGGGGCACGACGUCCUGGGGCGGCAAGCAGGCGAACGCGCUCCAGCAAGUGACAUUGCGCAUGUGGUCGCAAGAGUCGUGCACCAAGCAGUUUGCGGUCGUCGACAGCUCCAUGGCGUGCGCGGGCGGCCUCCAGGGCCAAGACGCUUGCCAAGGCGACUCGGGGGGGCCCCUCACGACCGUGGAUGGAGGGCGCGAGGUGCUUGUCGGCCUUGUGAGCUGGGGCGUCGGCUGCGGCCAAGACGGUGUUCCCGGCGUGUACGCCCGCGUGGCCGAGGCCAAGGACUUUGUCGCGCUGUUUCUGCGGGCGCCGUCCGACGCGAUGGUCGCCUACGUGCGCAAGAUCACGGCCAAGUGCACCGUGUUUCGCGUUGCCAAUUGCCCGCUCUGCGACGCGGCAGACGCGACGCUGCGUAGCGCAGGCGCCAAAGCCGUCGACGUUGUCCACAUGGACACGAGCGCCGGGCAUCCGUCGGGCACGGACGUCUACAACGCGAUCGUGAGCCUCUCCGGUCUCAACACGGUGCCCAGCGUGUGGAUCAAGUCGACCUUUGUCGGCGGCGCGGCUGCCCUCCAUGGCCUCCUCGACGGCGGCAAGCUCCGCGACCUCGUUGCAGCCUGCAGCUAAGAAGUGCAUUUGAAUCCAAGAUCCAAGUACCAAUAAGUGCAUUCAUGGAUUGAC